UCACGGUCAUCAUCAUCAUCAUCGUUAUCACCGUCAUCAUCAUCAUCAUCGUCAUCAUUGCCAUUCAUCAUCGGCAUCACGGUCAUCAUCAUCAUCAUCAUCAUUGUAAUCGUCAUCAUCAUUGGCAUCAUGGUCAUCACGGUCAUCAUCAUCAUCAUCGUCAUCAUCAUGGUCGUCAUCAUCACGGGCAUCAUCAUCAUGGUCAUCAUCAUCGCCAUUGCAGUCAUGGUCAUCAUCACAGUCAUCAUCAUCAUCAUCAUCAUCAUUGUCACCAUCAUCAUUGUCAUUGUCGUCAUUGUCAUCGCCAUUGUCAUUGGGGUCAUCAUCACCGUCAUCAUCAUCAUCAUCAUCACUGUCAUCAUCAUCGCCAUUGCCAUCAUGGUCAUCAUGAUCAUCAUGGUCACCAUCAUCAUCAUCAUGGUCAUCAUGGUCAUCAUCAUCACCGUCACCAUCACCAACACCAUCGCCAUUGCCGUCAUGGUCAUCAUCAUCACCGCCAUCGUCAUUAUCAUCGUGGUCAUCAUCAUCAUCGUCAUCACCAUCAUCAUUAUCAUGCCAUCGUCAUCCCCACCACGUCCAUCAUUGUCCCCCCCCUUGUCCCCACCCUCCUCCCCAUCUUCAUCAUUGGUCAUUGGGGACCCAAUGGUCAUGGUGGCAUCAAGGGUCCUGGUGGCAUCAAGGGUCAUGGUGGCAUCAGGGGUCCUCCUGGUGGCAUCAAGGGUCCUGGUGGUGGCAUCAAGGGUCAUUGGGGACCCAGUGGUUGUGGUGGCUUCAAGGGUCCUCAUGGUGGCAUCAGGGGUCCUGGUGGUGGCAUCAAGGGUCAUGGGGGACCCAAUGGUUGUGGUGGCAUCAAGGGUCCUGGUGGUGACAUCAAGAGUCACUGGGGACCCAAUGGUUGUGGUGGCAUCAAGGGUCCUCAUGGUGGCUUCAAGGGUCCUUGUGGUGGCAUCAAGGGUCAUUGGGGACCCAAUGGUUGUGGUGGCAUCAAGGGUCAUGGUGGUGGCAUCAAGUGUCCUGGUGGUGGCAUCAAGAGUCAUUGGGGACCCAAUGGUCGGGGGGGCUUGUGUCCUGGUGGUGGCAUCAAGAGUCAUUGGGGACCCAAUGGUCGUGGUGGCUUCACAAGUUCUGGUGGCACCAAGGGUCAUGGUGACAUCAAGGGUCCUGGUGGUGGCAUCAACGGUCAUGGUGGCCCCAAUGGUCGUGGUGGCAUCAGAGGUCCUGGUGGCACCAAGGGUCAUUGGGGACUCAGUGGCCACGGUGGCUUCACAAGUCCUGGUGGCCCCAAUGGCCGUGGUGACAUCAGAGGUCCCAGUGGUGGCAUCAGUGGCCGUGGUGGCUUCAAGUGUCAUUGGGGACCCAAAGGUCCUGGUGUCCCCAACCGUCAUGGUGGCCUCGAGGGUCCUGGUGUCCCCAAUGCCCAGG